AUGGGCUACGUAAACCUUGUAUUUUUUAUGUUAUUUCCCUUCCUCUGCCAUCUUUCUUUCUCCUCAUCCUUACCUCAUUUGUGCCCCAAACAUCAAGCUCUUGCUCUUCUACAAUUCAGGCACAUGUUUACAAUAAGUCCUGUUGCUUUUGAUAGUUGUUUCGCGAUAACAGGCCAAUGGAUUCAGUCAUAUCCAAAAACUCUUUCGUGGAACAAGAGCACAGAUUGUUGUUCAUGGGAUGGAGUUUAUUGUGAUGAGACGACAGGAGAAGUGAUUGAGCUCAACCUCACUUGCUGCCAACUUCAAGGCAAGUUUCAUUCCAAUAGUAGCCUAUUUCAACUCGCCAAUCUCAAAAGGCUUUAUUUGUCAAAUAAUAAUUUCUCUGGAUCACUCAUUUCACCUAAAUUUGGUGAGUUUUCUAGUUUGACGCAACUUGAUUUGUCGUAUUCAAGUUUUACAGGUAUAAUACCAGCAGAAAUCUCUCGCCUUUCUAAAUUACACGUCUUUCGUAUCCAGAGUUAUUCAGAUGGUCUUAGAUUCAAACCUCACAAUUUUGAACUGCUCCUUAAGAACUUGACCCAAUUAAGAGAGCUUGACUUUGACAAUGUGAACAUCUCUUCCACCAUUCCUCUGAAUUUCUCUUCUUAUUUGACAACUCUACACCUUCGGAAUACACAGUUAUAUGGGACAUUGCCCGAAGGAGUUUUCCACCUUUAUAACUUGGAAUCUCUUUAUUUAAUAGACAAUCCCCAGCUCACUGUUAAGUUUCCGACAACCAAAUGGAAUAGCAGUGCAUCACUCAUGGAGUUAUAUCUCUAUAGUGUGAAUGCUACUGGUAGGAUACCUGAAUCAUUUGGUCAUCUAACUUCACUGCAUACAUUGAGAAUAGCUUCUUGUCCAAUUCCUUCUAAUGUAAGCGGUAUGCAAAACUUACAAUCACUCUACUUGUCAUCAAACCACUUGAAUGGGACUAUACCUUCCUGGAUAUUCUCCCUCCCCUCACUAUGGCAUUUAGAGUUGAGUGAUAACCAUUUCAGUGGAAACAUUCAGGAGUUCAAGUCUAAAACAUUGCAUGGAGUUUCUCUAAAACAAAAUCAGCUGCAAGGUCCUAUUCCAAAGUCACUCUUAGAUCUGCAGUACCUAGGACUUCUUCUCCUUUCACACAAUAAUCUCAAUGGAGAGAUUGCUUCACCCAUCUGCAAUCUGAAAACACUACAAGUGCUAGAUUUGGGCAGCAAUAGUUUGGAGGGAACAAUCCCACUAUGUUUGGGUGAGAUGAGUGAACUUAUGAUUUUGGAUUUAAGCAACAAUAGUCUUAGCGGGACAAUUAAUACUACUUUUAGUAUAGGAAACCAACUUAGAGUCAUUAAAUUUGAUGGGAAUAAGCUAGAGGGUACAGUUCCGCAAUCUUUGAUCAAUUGCAAAUAUUUGGAAGUUCUUAAUUUAGGUAACAAUGAGUUGAAUGACACAUUUCCUACAUGGUUGAGAGCCCUACCGAAUCUGAUGAUUCUAAGGCUCGGAUCAAAUAAGUUUUUUGGCCCUAUAAAAGAUUCACCGACUUCCAAGUUUGCUCGAAUUCAAAUGAUAGAUCUCUCAUCCAAUGGAUUUAGUGGAGAUUUACCAGUGAGCCUUUUUGAGAAUUUUGAAGCUAUGAAAAUAAAUGGUGAGAAAAGUGGAACCCGAGAGUAUGUAGCAGAUAUGCAAGGUUUUUAUUACACAAAUUCCUUUAUAGUUACAACAAAGGGGCUGGAUCUAGAACUACCUCGAGUUUUGACUACCAACAUAAUUAUCGAUCUCUCAGGGAAUAGAUUUGAAGGUCAUAUCCCAGGCAUUAUUGGAGAUCUCAUUGGACUUCGUACUUUGAACCUAUCUCAUAAUCGCUUGGAAGGUCACAUACCAGCAUCACUGCACCAGUUAUCUGUACUUGAAUCAUUGGAUCUCUCAUCCAACAAAAUCAGCGGAGAAAUUCCACAACAACUUGCAUCCCUCAAAUCACUUGAAGUCUUAAAUCUCUCUCACAAUCAUCUUGUUGGAUGCAUCCCCAAAGGAAAACAAUUUGAUACAUUUGAGAACAGUUCUUACCAAGGGAAUGAAGGACUACGUGGAUUUCCUCUCUCAAAAGAUUGUGGUGGUGAUGAUGGGGUACCACAAGCGACAAGUCAAGUUGAGCUAGAUCAAGAAGGAGGAGAUUCACCAAUGAUCAAUUGGCAGGAGGUUCUCAUGGGUUACGGUUGUGGACUAGUUAUUGUAUUGUCCGUAAUAUACAUAAUGUUAACUCAAAAUCCAGUGUGA